ACGAAGAAGACGAUGAGUUUGAAGAUGAAAAUAGAGAAGAAGACGACAUUGCGGAAGAAGACGACAAUGUAGAAGAAGACGACAAUGUGGAAGACGCUAUUUUCCAGCAAGAACUUAGAGAGUUUUCUAAGCACAUGAAUCUGAACUUGAAGCGAGAUAGCAAAUCAGACCUUGACUUUCUGACAAGUUUUUACAGUCUUGUUAAACUCAUUCAGAUUCUUGGGACAGAUGAGGGGGAUAGUUACAUUUUGAAAUUAUCCAAGGUUUCUAAGAAACUAAAAGAUCACAGCAAGGACAAAAGAGAUGGAACAUGGACCUUGUCAAUAAAAGAGAAGAAGCUGGGUGCUGAGCUUGUACAGGAAUGCAUCAACACCCUAAUGAAUAGGAACAGCAAGGAUGCUCUCAACCUGGCAGAGGAGGCCAAGAAGAGGGCAGAGAAGGAGUUCCAGGGGAUUGGAGAUAACUGGAAGGAUCGACUUGUUAGUUUACGUCUUCUUAUAUUUGCAGACACCUUCAUUCUUUCAUUUGACAAGGAGAGAAAUGUUUUGUUACCGCCCCAUCUCUUAUCAGGGGACCAGAAACAACAAGUUUCCACGGAGAUGGAGAAAAACAUCUUUCGGCUUCAGAGCAUAGUUUCCAGGAAAAAGGGUGAUUCCCAAAAAGGAAGAAGAACAAAGACUAGAGAGGUUUUUCUGGAGAGUCCACUUGAUCAACUUUUAAGGUCUGUUUACCCGAUUAUGUCUGAGUGCCGGGGAUUCUCCUCUCCUUCCAGAUUUAUUCAAAAAUAUUCAAGUACAGUGAUGGCGCUAGAUGUAAGAUUUGUUCCUGAAAGAGAAGAAUGCUGUGUCGGAGUACCCCUUGGUAAAUACCUUAUCAGAAAUGCUUGGACUCAGGACAAUAAUGAUGAUAAAGUUGUAGAUUUCCAAUCUGUGUAUGCGUUCAUGUGGAAACAAAAUCAUAUUCUUUGUUUUAGAACAAAGAGAACACUGUUUGAAAAAUCAUUAAAACCCCUCCAGAAUACAGUGUUGAACCUCGAGAUUGUAUUAGACGAAGAAUACGACAUUCAUCAACUCCGGUGUAUAGACGAGGACAAUAAUGAAAUAACAGGAAGGUCCCAGGAGCCUAGUUUUGUUAGAAGGAAUCUAAUGGAUGAGGCUCAAGGUGGACUUAUGGAUGUAGAAACUUAUACAGAUAUUAGUAAGUGUGGACUGUUCUAUCUGGAUUCAGUAUUCGGACUCAAGCUAGAUUCUACUGAUGAGGAGAAUCGAACCCUGCUCCACUAUGCGGCCUGGAUAGGAAAACAAGAUGUUCUGGAGAUACUUCUUAAACUUCAUCCAUCCUUAGCUUUUGCUCAGGAUGAAUAUGGUGAAACUCCCUUGAUGUUGGCUGUAAAGGGGGGAAAAGACUGUAUUUCUUCACUCAAGCUUUUGCUGGUGGAUGUAUCACAGGCGAAAAUAAAUAUACGGAAUAUGUCUGGACAGACAGCACUACAUUUAUCCACCAUAGGCGUUGAGUUCUCCGUCACAGAGGCUUUGAUCAAGGCAGGAGCUAGUGUGGCAAUUAAGGAUAAGAAUGGUCGUCUUCCUGUUGACCUGAUAGACUCAACAAAUUCAAAUAGAAAAACACUGAUCUCUCUUCUCAGAAAAUUUUCAAGAUAGAUCCGACCACUCAUGAUAGGGAAAAUUCUAACAGUUUGUUCGUCCUGUCGAACUUACCAAAAGCAAGUCGAAAUAAGUGAACAUUUGUUCGAAAUUAUCAACAUUGUAAACAGCAUAGUAGGAGUAAAACAUUUCCUAACAUUCUGUUCAUCAUUUUGAACAAAAUGUUCACAAUUUCUAACAAAAUCUUCGUAAUUUCGAACACAAUGUUCAAAAUUAAAUGUUUGUAAUUUAGAAGAAUUCGAAAUUUCCAACAAAUCUACGUAUUUUCGAACAAAACGUUCAAAAUCUAUAAUAAAAUCUACUUAAUUUCGAACAUCAGGUUUAUAAUUUCAAACAAAAUGUUGGUUAUUUUGAAAUAUUUGCGGAAGGUUCGAAAUUUCGGAUCAAAUACUAUUGUUAAAUGCUAAACAUUGGCAUAAACCAUGUAACAAAUUAUAUUAACUAAAUUUAGUUAAAUAAAUAUGUACGCAAGGUUAAAAAGAUAUGUUCCUGUGAUACUUGAUUAAACUGAACUAAUAUAUGAAUAAGUGAAAAAGAUACAAACACAUAAAUUUUAGUUUUUAGAGUAAAUAAAAUUAGUUGUAAUAAUUUUCUUCACUCAUGAAAUCUGACCUAUGUUGCUGUUAAUCCAGCCAAAUAUGACAAAAUUCGAAUAAUUCUAAAAAAUGUUAUAUCACAUUUAACGUUAGUUUAUUAGUUUUAUUUUGAAGUUCAAAUACCAAAAACCAUGCAAAAAUUAAUCAUAUGCAAAAUAGAUUUGUUAUGAUUCUAAUUUUAGUUUGUAUAAAUACUAUUUAUUAACAAAGAACAUUUUCAGCUCACUUUUAAAGGGCCAGACCGGCUAUGUAAGGUAGUUGAACUGAGUAUGCAGUGUUGUGGAAAGCUUCUUUAGGAUUCAUUUGA